UAUAUGAGAGAAUAGAUGACUUGAACACACAAACACACACCAUUUAUCUUUCCAUUAUUUCCUCUUCUUUCUUCUCCUCUCUGUGGCGGCCAGACUUUCUCGAUUCUCGUUCCAAUCCCAUCGAAACCACAAUAAAAUGGUGGAUCUCCAGAUUGUGUGUUGUAUGUGUGGCGAUGUGGGGUUCCCGGACAAGCUCUUCCGCUGCUCCAAGUGCCGCAACCGCUCCCAGCACUCGUACUGCAGCAACUACUACACCGAAUUGGCGGAGGCGAUCGAGAUCUGCGAUUGGUGCCAACACGAGCAAAGGAAUCCGUCGUCGUCGUCAUCAUCGAGGCACGCGAAUUCGACGCCUAGGAAUACCAAGCAUGCAAAUGAAGCGAGGUCGGCCUACUCCGACGACAAAAUCAAGCACCAAAGGACCGAGGAAGCGGCGGAGAAAGCAGCCGGAAAAGCCCCCUCGCCGCGCCCCUCCGCCCGCAGGUACAAGCUUCUCAAGGAUGUAAUGUGCUGAAAAAAAGUGGACCCCAAAUUAGGAUAAAUACAUCCUUGUCGUCUCUAUAUAUCUCUAUAUAUAACUAUAUAAUAAUAAUAAUAAUUAUUAUUAUUAUUAUAAGCUGGUAUUAGUAUGUUAUUAUGGUUGUAAGUUGUUUUCUAAAGUGUUAUUUUGACUUUAAAUGAGUUUUUCUAUGGCUA